AAACAAAUUAAAUUAUAUAUAUAUAUAUAUUUUUUUGAUAAAAUAAUCUCGUAAAAAUGGUUAAAAUCUUUAUUGUCAUCUAUAGCACCUAUACCCAUAUCUACCAAUUGGCUUUAGAAGCCAAGAAAGGUAUUGAAUCUGUUAGUCCAAGCGUCCAAGUUGAACUUUACCAAGUUCCCGAGACUCUCUCUCAAGAAAUUUUGGAUAAAAUGCAUGCCCCACCUAAACCAGAUAUUCCAAUUAUUACAGCUGCUAAACUUGCGGAAGCAGAUGGGUUCUUAUUUGGAUUUCCAACUCGAUUUGGUACUAUGCCAGCUCAAUUCAAAGCAUUUUUGGAUAGUACUGGUCAAUUAUGGUUCACCAAUGCUUUAAAUAGAAAAUUCGCUGGACUCUUUUUCUCUACAUCCACUCAACAUGGUGGACAAGAAACUACAGCUUUCACUGCUGUCACUUAUUUCGCUCAUCAUGGUAUGGUUUAUGUUCCACUUCAAACCGGAAUACCUUACUAUGGUCAAACCGACGAAGUUAUUGGAGGCGGUCCAUGGGGAAGCGGAACAAUAACUGGAUCUGAUGCAUCCCGCUCAAUCUCAGAAAGAGAAAAGGAAUCCGCACGACUUCAAGGAAAAGAUUUCGCUGAAGUUGUUUCAGCCUACGUAAAUGGAAAAAAAGCGUAAGCAAUCUUAUAGCAAAAAAUAGAUUAACAUAGUUUAAUAUCAUCAAUUCAUUAGUAUAUAUAUUGAUAUAUUUAAAUUAUUGAUUUUAUUGUACAUUAGUUAGCAUUAUUUAAUUUCAAUAAUUGUACAAAUAAAACUCUUUUUGC